GGAUUUGUGCGGGGCAGAAAAACUUGUUCGUGGAUCUCUUCAGGUUAGUUAUCGAACGGAUCACGUAUGGUUUGCGUUUGUAUCAUGAUUUUUGCGCGGAUUUACUAGUGUUCUUUGUGAAGUUUUCUAUGAAUAGUGGCGUUCCGAUGGAGUGAAAUAUCGUACAAGUAACAAAAACGGUUAACACGGUAAUAAAAACGAAAAUAGUGUAUCUGUAACAAUUAGACAGCUAUUCUAAAAGAUUAACAAUUAAUAAAACAGUUUCUGAAGGAAUGUUGUGCAAUAAAAACCUCUGACUUGCAGUCGUAUACGCGUUCAGGCAAAAUUGAUUUAUCUUAGUUAUCACCCGAUGGAUUAAAAGGAAUGCCUUUUAUAAAUAACGGCACAAUAUAUCUUUAAUGUAUGAACCAGCCCCCUUCAAAAAUGAAUUUUAUUAGAGUCAUUCCGUUCACUUAUUAAAAUUAACACUUCCCAAGUGCACAAUAAUAGUUUUUACAUUAAAUCGAUCGCGUGUCCUGCAUUUUGAUAAAUCUACCGAUGAUAGUCAAUUUCGCUAAUUCAUUCAAGUCCCUAAAUAUCCGGUGGUGCUAAUUCAAGUUUUGACAUAAAGUGAAAGAUAUCGAUUUGACUAAAUUUUGAUGAAAAGAUUUUCAGAAUUAGGUAAAACUGGCAUAACGAAAAAAAAGAAAGUCAAUUAGGUCAGGACAAAGGACUUUUCACCUUUCCACUUUUUGGUGUAUCCAGACCCGGGUUUUUCUCUGUGGAAACUGUUGAUGCAUCAUUGUCUGCGACGAUAAUUUGACGGAUUACCUAUAGGUACGCAUUUCGGUCCUUUGCUGUUUUUCCGUACAUUUCUUGUGUGUCUAUUGUCCGUGGCGACAACGUUUGGUGCUGCAUCAGCGGGAUUAGAGUGAAGCCGACAUUCAACUAAUCAAACAUUUUGUAAAGUGAUUUUGACGUGUUUUAGACGUUUAGCGAAAACGAAUUGUUCAGCGGUAGACGACGGUUGGCACCUUUCGCCCGGCGUUCUUAGGCGAUUCAUUUUUUCAACGCCAUGUUACAAAGAAACUUGAAGUGUUCAACGUGUGUUUUGAAUUGAACCGAUUAUAGUUGGUUUUUAGAAAUGAUCGUUUGAAAAGUGUUUUCAAUUUUGAAAGAAAAAAGUUCUUGGGCAUAAAAUUCAGUGAGAGGAUCAUAGUGUCAAUUGGAUUUGUGAUAAACAAAGCGUCAAAAUUGUUUAUCAAAACAAAAAUUCUAUUUUAUUUUAAAAAUGUUGACCGAUAUGACACCGACGGCUGGUCAACUUUAUGGUUCGCAGAUACCAGCUAUGGGAAUGAAUAUCACAAAUAUAGCAACACAUAUUCAAAAGCCGCAAGUGAAUCCGGAUCACCCGAGUCUUAGAGGUACCCCACUAGCUAUGCUUGCCGCUCAAUGUAAUAAACUAUCCAGUAAAUCUCCACCUCCUCUAGCCGAUGCGGCUGUGGGUAAAGGAUUCCAUCCAUGGAAAAAGAGCCCCACUACUCCAAUGGGCCAAUCUUCACCUUGUGCCAUAUCAUCAGCAGUUAGUUCAGCAGGAAUCGCAAGCUCACAAAGAUCGCUUCCUUCGAGCACAAUCAACACUAUGGUUAAUAUUACUGCAAGUCGACCAAUUACUUCAUCAUGCUCAGCAGUAUCGACCGGUUCAUAUGGUAGUGACUUGUAUUUCCCGAGUGCAACUACCUCGCCAGCCGUUUCGGAAAACCCACACAUGCAUCAAGGCUUAUUGGGAAAGGUGGAGGGAACAACUUUUGGAUCAGUGUAUUCAAGACAUCCUUAUGACUGGCCGUUCAAUGCCGUCACGGCUGCAACACAUAAAACAGAAGGAGUCAAUUCAGGAUGGUGGGACAUGCAUAGUGCUGCUGGAAGUUGGCUUGAUAUGGGGGGAGCCGGAAUGCACUCGACAAUGGCGAACUAUGCUACAGCUGGUUCAGAUUAUUCUUCCCUAACACACUCCCUUUCCAAUACAGCUCAUCUGUUAGGUUCUGGACAACACUUGCUUCAGGAUACUUAUAAAAGUAUGCUGCCAGGGCAAGGCGUCGGUGGCUUUGGACUUUCUCAUGCCAGUGCAGCGGCUGGAUCAGUGCAAUCUAGUUCACCACAAACUCCUUCUCCACGGUCGCAGAGAAGGUAUGCAGGACGGGCCACUUGCGACUGUCCCAACUGCCAAGAGGCUGAAAGACUAGGACCGGCUGGUGUCCAUCUCAGAAAAAAGAACAUCCAUUCAUGUCAUAUACCAGGAUGCGGAAAAGUUUACGGGAAGACCAGUCAUCUUAAAGCUCAUCUCAGGUGGCACACAGGUGAGCGACCCUUUGUCUGUAAUUGGUUAUUCUGCGGAAAACGCUUCACUCGGUCCGAUGAAUUACAACGACAUCUUCGUACACACACAGGAGAAAAACGAUUUGCAUGCCCGAUUUGCAAUAAACGCUUCAUGCGAAGCGAUCACUUGGCUAAACACGUGAAGACUCAUAAUGGUGGCGCUCAGUCAAAUGUGAAGAAAGGAUCCUCGGAAUCAUGUAGUGACUCAGAGGAAACAAAUCAAUCAGAAGGCAUGCAUCAAAGUCAUCCGGGCACACCAACACAUCAAGGACUGGCAAUAUCACAUCACAUUGGUUCGCCAGGACUUCAACAACAGCAACAACAACAACCAUCCCAACAGCAGCAGCAACAACAGCAUCAUCAUCAUCAUCACCAUCACGCACCUAGUCCAGGUAUGGACCAUGUUGGCAGUUUAGAUGUUAAACCCGGGCUGGUUUGAAAUACAACUGGGCCCCUUAUAUACACUCAGGUGCCGGGGUCCUUUUAUUAGUUGUUGUUUAACUUUGUUCAAUAUUAAUUUGUUGUUUUUCCUCUCUUUUGUAAACUAUGUAUUUGCUGAGGUUUUAGAUGAUAAGAUGAAAUUUCAAUACUAAUUGAUAUGGACUUUACCGAUAAAUAAUUUAUCACUAUCUGUAAAAAAAAUGAUUUAAUAAAAAAAAUUGCAAACAAUUCAAUGUUCAAAUAUAUGCUUCUGGUAUGGACAAAGCUCAGCUCGUUUAUUAGUGAAAAUCUUUUUUUACAUUACCUUCUGUUUGUCUGGGGGAGUGAAAAUAAGUGCAACUGAAGUUUCCUUGAGUGAAUUAUUCCUGGAAGCCAUUUAUCAUGCAUUUAUAAUUCCGAAAUCAGAAAAAGGUCCGUAUUCUAGUCUUUCAGGGUAUAAAUAUCAGCUUUCUGAAAUCCUCUUUGUUGUCUUAUUGCGGACGACGCCUGAUAACAUUACUUUCAAAAGAAUUGAGCGUUCUUUGAAAGCGUGCAUAUCUAUGAAAAUAACAGUCUUUUUUCCCCAGAUAUUUUCCCCUGUUCUGCAAUUAAUUUAUGAUGUAGUGCAAACGUCAUUACUACUUCAUUACCCUAUCAAAGAUACAAAAAAAGUCAGCUGGAUUUCACUUAGAUCCGGUUAAUCGUAACGAAGUAAAUAUUACCUACUUUAGUUUUCUCUAAAAACGUUGUCAUCAAUUAAUAAGAUUGUAGUCCUUUGAAUGGUAUCCUGGUGUUGCAUACAUUCCCGUCUAGUUGAAGAACAAAACGGGGCCCCUGACGGCGUUAUUAAAAUUCGAUUAGGCUUACCACAACAAUUUUCUUGAAAUAAUAAUAAGGCCCAUUAGUAGCACCCUGCAAUAAGGAGACAAUUGUCACCUCAGAUAAAUUAAUCAUGGAGGCUUAUUAGUCAAAUGAAAAGGAUGUAAAAUGGCAGGCAUAAAAAUAAUUUGUCAUUAAAUUAAUUCAGGGACAUCUGCAUUUUAGAGGGGAGCAAAAAUUUGGCUGCAUUCACACUAGUGACGCAUUGUGCACCUGUUUUUCAUGUUGCAAAAGCCCUUUCAAAUUGUAUCUUUUUAGUUAUUACAGGGUGAGGUGUGUCCAAUUGGCAAAAUUAACACAAAUUGCAUAAUUUUUUUAAUUUCUCUUAAUCGAAAUUUAAUUCAAUCUAAAGGCAGCUAGUCUAUACCUAAGCCAAAUAAUGUUUAAAAUAUUUGAGCAAGGAAACACAUCUUUUUCCAGAAACAGUAAGAAAAGUUUAUUGAUUGGAAUGCAAUAAAAAGUGUAAAUACCUAAAACAAAAAUAAAUUAUAGUCAUUGUUUUUAUCUCUACACAAAUUAAGAAUAUUUUAAUAUAAAAAUGCAAACAAUCAAUCGAAUCUUUGUAAAUAAAAUACUUUUCCAAAAUAAAAUAUUAAAAUUUAAAUAUUCCUUGAAAGAUAUCUCAUGAAAAUUUAAUUCAAAUUAAAUUUUGCCAGUUUAAAAAAAGAUCUUAUUGAAAUUUACUCAAAAGUUUAAUCUGGAGAUUCUAUCGCUUGUAAAUAUCGUUACACCUGCAUGAAAACAUUGCAUCGCAAAACAAUUGAUAAAAUUGACAUUAUCGAAAUUUUCACAAACUUUUUCGAUUAAAAAUUUCAAAAAUCUCGUCCUAUGUUAUCCUUUAAUUCAAGGAUAGCAAGGAGUCAACUUCUUUUUCAAAUGACACCUUAGAAAGAUUGUGAUUUUGACUAUUUCCUUCGUAUGCAAACAUGAAAAUAACUAAAAGGGUUUAUGAGUUUAAGUAUUUAAUAAAUUAUUUUUAAUCAUGCUUCGUUUGAAGAAAAAAAGAAUAAUUGUUAGAAAUGCUUAUGCAAAACGAAAUUUAACAAAAAGUUUUUAAAGUUAAUGAAAUUGGUGAAAUAUCAAUGGAUGUUAGUGUCGAAUAUAUUAUUUAAUAGGUAAUAUUAUUGUAUUUCGUUUGUUAGUCCUAGGCAUAGAUUUUAGGAAUAAUGAAGGAAAUUUUAAUUGAAAUAGUAGAUUUAUGGAUAUAAAUGAAAGAAAUGACAGAACAUAUGUAAAUUCAAAUAAAUUAAUAUUUAAAAGAAAUAUAUUAUAUGUGUGCAAGUCAGA